ACAAAUGGAGCGGGUUAAUCCUCUCACCCCUCUGUUCCCGCUUUCUCUCUUCCUCCUUUCAUGGCCGCUUCCUAUUCCCGCUUCUCCCCUUCUCCUCCUCCAUCUUAUCUCCCCUCUCUUCCUCGCUCCCUUAGAAUUCCUCCUCUCUUCCUCCAUUCUCCUCGUUUCCCUUCUCUCCACUCGCCUUCUCUUCGCUUGCCCACUUCUUGGGGUGGCGCCUCUCUUCGCAGCGCUUCACCGAGACUCCAAGCCGAACUGGGAGCAGGCUUCUCCGAACCCGAUCCCAAGGUCGGGGUCGCCGUAUACAAGCCCAAAUCCUAUGAAGUUCUCGUCUCAGAUGCGGCCAGGUCCCUUGUCUGUGCUCUGGAGGAUGGAAAGACUCGUCUUGAAAUCGACUUCCCGCCCUUGCCAAGCAAUGUUUCUUCCUACAAGGGAUCUUCAGAUGAGUUCAUCGAUGCCAACAUCCAACUCGCUCUUGCUGUCGCUAGGAAAAUUCAAGAGAUGAAAGGCAUCAGGUCCUGCAUCGUGUUCCCUGACCAGCCAGAAAAGCGCAGGGCUUCUCAGUUGUUCGGGGCAGCACUAGACACUAUAGGUGGUGUAUCCUUUGGUUCCUUGGAUGAUGUACCCAGUGGUCCUGUCACGACCUUUUUCAGAUCCAUUAGAAACACAUUGGAUUUUGAUUUUGCAGAUGAUAAUGAAGAUACUGGGAAGUCUGAUAAGCCACCAUCAUUGUAUGUCUUUAUCAAUUGUAGCACACAAGACCUUUCUACAAUAGAGAAGUAUGUGGAAAAAUUUGCUGCAUCAGUCCCUGCUCUUCUUUUUAAUCUCGAACUAGAUACUCUACGUUCUGACUUGGGUCUGUUGGGAUUCCCCACCAAAGAUUUGCAUUAUCGGUUUCUUUCUCAGUUUGUUCCUGUAUUCUAUAUUCGAACAAGAGAGUACUCGAAGACAGUUCCAGUUGCACCUUUCAUAGUCAACUAUAAUGGUGCCCUAUUCCGUCAAUACCCAGUGACAUCAGAUGAGACAGCUUCACAGCGUGCUUGUGCAGGGCCUUGGCAGGUUAUGCUUAAACAGGCUGAUGCUUCCUAUGCUUGCGUUGCAGAAAGUGCAACUCGAUUCACUUUGGGAGAGACGAAAGAAGAACUUUUGAGGGUUCUUGGGCUGCAAGAGGAAGAAGGGAGCUCGCUGGAAUUUCUAAGAAGGGGAUACAAGAAUGCUACUUGGUGGGAGGAGAACGUUGAUUUGGAGCUUUCUUCUGCUUGGCGGAGUUGAGCAAUGAGAUCCUACAAUGUGGGACAGUCUGCACAUCAUUUUAUGAUUCGCCUGUGAAGGGCCCAAGUUUUCCCAAUUGAUUGGAGUGCGAAAACAAGGCAGCUGAGAAAAUUUUUGUGGCAAGAGUGUUGGCAUGUUGUUAUUCAUUGUCAUUUGUGGUUUAUUUACAGUCUAAUAUAUCCCGCAUAAGCUUGAGAAGUGUGAAAUAGUGGACAUUAACAACGAAGCAUCACCAUGUUAGAAGCAUCUUAGAGACAUUGCAGCUUUCA